UCGCCGCGCCGACCGCUCGCUCUCUGUGGUGCGCGCGCGCGCUUCUCGGCUCCGGGCGGCUGGUGGACGCGAGGGCGCCGAGGGCCGGGAGCGGAGUCCGCGCUCCUCGUCUGCUCGGCGGCAGAGCGGCUCCGGCGGGCGGCGGCGAUGGCGGCGGCGGAGCCCGCGAGCUCUGCCCAGCCCACGCCGCAGGCCCAGGCCCAGCCGCCGCCGCCGCCACCUGGGGCGCCGUCCUCGCAGCCGCCCGCGGCGCUCAGCAGCCGGCACGAGAAGAGCCUGGGGCUGCUCACCACCAAGUUCGUGUCUUUGCUGCAGGAGGCGCAGGACGGUGUCCUGGACCUCAAAGCGGCUGCUGAUACUUUGGCUGUAAGACAAAAGCGAAGAAUAUAUGAUAUCACCAACGUCUUAGAAGGAAUUGAUCUAAUUGAAAAAAAAUCAAAGAAUAGUAUCCAGUGGAAGGGUGUAGGCGCUGGCUGUAAUACUAAAGAAGUUAUAGAUAGAUUAAGAUUUCUUAAAGCUGAAAUUGAAGAUCUAGAAUUGAAGGAAAGAGAACUCGACCAGCAGAAACUGUGGCUACAACAAAGCAUCAAAAAUGUGAUGGAAGACUCCAUUAAUAACAGGUUUUCUUAUGUAACUCACGAAGACAUCUGCGAUUGCUUUAAUGGUGAUACACUGUUGGCCAUUCAGGCUCCUUCUGGUACACAGCUCGAAGUACCUAUUCCAGAAAUGGGUCAGAAUGGACAAAAGAAAUACCAGAUAAAUUUAAAGAGUCACUCAGGACCUAUCCAUGUGCUGCUUAUAAACAAAGAGUCCAGUUCAUCUAAGCCGGUGGUUUUUCCUGUCCCCCCACCUGAUGACCUCACACAGUCUUCCUCCCAGUCUUCAAUGUCAGGGACUCCACAGAAAUCCACCAUGGCUGCUCAGAACCUGCCCGAGCAGCAAGUUUCUGAAAGAAGCCAGAGUUUCCAGCAGAUACCAGCUACAGAAAUAUCUUCAGGGUCUAUUAGUGGAGACAUCAUUGAUGAACUGAUGUCUUCUGAUGUGUUUCCUCUCUUACGGCUUUCUCCUACCCCAGCAGAUGACUACAACUUUAAUUUAGAUGACAAUGAAGGAGUCUGUGAUUUGUUUGAUGUUCAGAUACUAAAUUAUUAGAUUCCAUGGAAACUUGGGACUGUUAUCUACCUCUAACUGUAACAUUGUAGAAUUCUUAAUAACCUAAGUAUUUAAAAUUAUGAAUGUAAUACCAUUUUAGUUCAUCGAGUCUGAAAUAUUCUUCACUAACAUUUACUUCACAAAACUUGAAAGGGCUCUGACUGUUUCAGGGGGGAUGAUUAACUGUCUACCAGCAUGCCCCUCCAGUGAUUAUAUUCAAUUUCUUUCAAAGCUGAAUUCUGCUGUAGCUUCUCCUAAGAGAAAAGUUAAAGCAGACUUCAGGUCACCACACGAAAACAUUGCCCAGAAGAUUUGAUUUGUCUAUAUUUUUACUGCCACAAAGUUAUAUCUAUAUGUCGUUCAGAAAUUCACUGCCACAGAUAAAGUGAAGGGCGUCACUAUUGAGUGAAGAGAUUUUGUGAAGUGCCUUCUGUUUUAGCACUUUAAGCCUAUCAGUUUGCUGACUUCUGACAUUCUACUUUCCUAGAGUAUAGGAAAGAUCUGUUUAUGUAGUUUGUUUUUAAAAUGUGCCAAUGCCUGUACAUUAACAAGAUUAAAACAAAUAAAGUUGUAUAAAGCAUUCAA